UGGCGCAGCGCGACUAUAAAAGCGGUUCUGCUCACCGGCGCCCAUUUGCUUUUGUGUCGUAGGAGGAGUAGGUUUCGUGCGCUUCUCAGAUUGCUUUGAAGUGACAAAAUUGUCAUUAAAGGCAGUUACCAAGAUGGUGGAAGCAGACCGUCCUGGAAAACUCUUCGUCGGUGGCCUUAACACUGAAACAAAUGAGAAGGCACUUGAAGCAGUGUUUGGCAAAUAUGGAAGAAUAGUUGAAGUUCUUCUAAUGAAGGAUCGUGAAACAAACAAAUCAAGGGGUUUUGCUUUUAUUACUUUCGAAAGUCCAGGAGAUGCGAGGGAUGCAGCCAGGGAUAUGAAUGGAAAGUCUUUGGAUGGAAAACCCAUUAAGGUAGAACAGGCUACUAAACCAGCAUUUGAAAAUAGUGGACGACGUGGACCACCCCCACCCCCAAGAAGUCGUGGUCCUCCUAGGGGAAUUCGAGGUGGAAGAGGAGGUAGUGGAGGAAUGAGAGGUCCACCUCAAAAAGUGACCUCCAGAGGGCCACCAUUAAAACGAGGUCCCCCUGGCCGUGCCAAUGGACCCCCACCAAAAAGGCUUCCUCCUUCAGGACCAUUGCGAACUGGAGGGAUGGGAGGACGAGGAAGUGGAUCAAGAGGACCUCCCUCACGUGAAAGAGACAGUUAUGGUUCACCUCCAUCCCGCAGAGAAAUGAUGCCAUCCAGAAGAGAUGAUUAUAUUCCCAGAGAAGAUUACUACUACAGAGACAAUUACUCUAACAGAGAUUACCCGAGCUCUAGAGAUGCAAGAGAUUAUGGUCCACCACCAAGGGAUUCAUAUAGUUCCCGUGAAUAUUCCCAUUCAGGUGGCCGUGAUGAUUAUGGAUCGCGAGGCUAUAGUGAUCGCGAUGGAUAUGGUGGACGUGAGGCACGUGACUAUUAUGAUCGCCCAAGUGGUGGCUCCUACAGAGACUCUUAUGAUGGCUAUGGUAACUCACGAGGCGCUCCACCUGCACGAGGGCCGCCACCAUCUUACAGUGGAGGUGGCCGUUACGAUGACUACAGCAACAGCUCAAGGGAUGGAUAUGGUGGAGGCCGUGAUAACUACAGCAGAAGUGAUACUUACUCGAGUAGCCGCAAUGAUCGUGUUGGUAGGCAAGAUAGAGGCCCAGGUGUUCCAAUGGAAAGAGGCUAUCCUCCACGCGAUUCAUACAGCAGCUCAAGCCGCGGAGGAAAUCGUGGAUCAGGGCGCGGAGGAAAUCGCUCUGACAGGGGCAGUGGCCGAAGCAGAUACUAAAACUGAACUUAAUAUAAGUUGGACCAAAAAGCCCUUGCUCUCUUAAUGCUGUUUUUCCUUACUGAAACACAACAAACAAUUUGAGGUGAAAGGACUGUCAAGUGCUUUCCAUGCAAGCAGAUUUUGAGAAUUUAAUUCGGUUUGCUGUUUAUUGUUAGUUAUUUUUUGUUUUUUUUUAAAAAAAAAAGUCAGUUUGUACUUUCUAGUGGGAACGGUGCAGAAACUGGUUAAACUUGGAAAAAAAAAGUUAAUGUUAUAUUGGUGCUACUGUCUGUGGCUUUUCCAUACUUGCAUAUGGAUAUAUAGAACUAGAUCUUGCUUUGUUGCACCAGUGCUAUUGUGAAAUAAAAAUCAAAAGUUUUCAGUGAACAAU